GAAAUUCCAAAAGUCUAAUGAAACUAUAUAUGAUUUGCCUAGAUUAUUGACAGUUUUUCGAUAAUAUGUUGCAUAUCUUUUAAUCACUUUGGAGUGUAUUCAACAUUAAUACAUGUAUUAGGAUUUUUUUUAUAAUCCAUCCUGUGCGUAAAUUUCAAUGAAAUGAUACUUAUUUUGGAACUGCAAUAAUAGAUUUACAGGAAGAACUUGAUACAAUAAAAGUUUAUAGAAAUGAUAAGGAAGUUUAUUCAAUGUUUUUUUUUUAUUUGGGAAACUUCAGUAAUCAAGGACAAUCUUACUUUCUGCAUUUGAGGAUUUGUGUGAGAAUUAUUUCAAUGAUGGCUAAAUUUGUCGAUGACAAUUACUGGGUUAAUCGUGCUCACGAAGAAGCUGUGGAAAGUAAGAAAUUAAAAUACCAGCAAGGAAAGGGACCGUGUGUGAUGUUUGCUUUAGACACGUCAGGAAGUAUGGCGGGGGAAGCCUUCCAACAGAUGAAGACGGCUUUUAUUGACAUCAUAGACGAAUACGCCAAAAACCGCAUGGAUGAAACUGUUGCCGUCGUUACUUUUGGAGAGGAAGUCAAGUUUUGUCAUUAUUACUCCAAUAACUACCAAUCACUGAAAAGAUGUCUAGAUGACGUGGUCUGUCGGGGUGCUUCUCCCAUUCAGGCGGCCAUUACUCUCUGUCUAUCGGGGUUGGCUUUUGGUGGAGGAUACACUACAGGGAUAGGGAUGUUCCGAGUGGUAGCUAAGCUUAUACUGAUUACCGAUGGAAAGUCCACGACAUCAGACAUGAUAGGGGGAGAGGAGGACGAAGAUUUGAUGGACCCAGUAGAGACAAGAAAAUCUUUAAUGAACCUUAUUGGAGAUAUUGGACGAGUCAUACCUUUAAACUGUAUCCCUGUGGGAGAGGAUCCUGAUAUUUGUCUCCUGGGAUCAAUUGCGUACACGUCGCGGGGAGGUAAACUUAUACAGCCCCAACAAGCCAGACAGUACGGGAGAUUUCACUUAAACAUGAGAAAAGCAGCUGAGGUUUUACAAAAUAUACGAAAGGACAAUUUUUCUCAUGAAGAUGUAGAACAAGCCAUGACUUCUACUGGAUUAAUCAAUCAAUUAACAGAGGAGGAUAAGGAUGACGUAUUAGAAAUUAUAAAUGCAAGAGGGACAUACAAACACAGGCAUGGAGAGGACGAUGAAGAAGACGAUGAUGAAAAUUGUGAAUUUAACCCACAGAUGCCCCCGGUAGGUACAAGAGUACGUCGAGGACCUGACUGGAAGUGGGGGGACCAGGACUGUCACGGUCCAGGGACUGUUGUUAACCACAAUGACAACGGAAAACAUGGUUGGUUACGCGUGGUAUGGGAUGCGGGUUUGAAUUUUCCUUAUCGGUACGGUAGUAAUGGGAUGUUUGAAAACUUUGACUUGGUUGAAUGUGAUGAACCUAGAAUUCUGAACGACGAGUUAAUAGCUGUCGGUUGUCUUGUCGAAAGAGGCCCUAAUUGGCAGUGGGAAGAUCAAGAUGGCGGAAAAGGAAGUAUUGGAGUGGUAUACAAAAUGAAAAGGAAUGCUGUCGUUCAUGUAAGAUGGCCAAAUUCAAAUAAAAGCAAUUACAGAUUUGGUUAUGAUGGAAAGUUUGAUGUCAAGCUGUGUGACCCAUUUGACUCGGAUGUAAUUAGGAGAUUGAGACAACAAAAACAAGAAGCUGGAGAAAUGGCUUCUAAAUUAGCAAAUGACACCAGCAAUACAAAAUCGCCUGAGAUCGAAUCUCGAGAGGAGGAAAGAGGGAGAACACAUCUUUCUAUAAGAAGUCUGACUGUUACGCCUUUCGUGAACGGACCCGUCCUUCCAUAUGGUAAAAAUCCAAAUACCACAUCUAAAUGUGACGAUCCGGGAGAUGUUUAUCACUAUAGUAAAACUUCUGGAUUCAUCGAUGACAAGCAUGAGAAUGAAGCCGAGGCCAAGUCUCCCCCUACAGAUAUCUGGCAAUAUAGAGACAAAGAUGGUCAGUGGGUAAACUUCCCUAAAGAAAUGAGUCAAAAGAUCGAUACUGAUUACAGGAAGAAUAAUAGAGCCACAGUACUUAUUAACAUCCGGGACAACUGGUACAGGAUCAUUUUAUCAAAGAUGAAGAAGAUUGAUAUUAAAACAAGACAAAGCACUGAUAUCCGACUUCUCAAGAGUGAAAAAAAUCACUGAUUGUUUUCUGAACAUUUGCAGUUUCCCUGAAAUCAAACUAUUUUUGGCAUCAAUGCUUACAAAAACAUUAAGCUUUUCAGAUUUAUUUUAUUUAUAACUUAUUGAAUACACUUUUCA